AUGCAUCUCACAAUAGUCACCCCGGCCCUGCUCUUCUUCCAUCUCUCAUCCGCCCAGACCGUCGUGGUAACAACCGUUGCCCCGGCCCGGCCGACCGCGAUCCCGGAGUGGAACUCAGACGACACCUUCACCUCCGCCGUGCUCAACAGCACCAACCACUACCGCGAGCAGCACAACGCCUCGGACGUGUCGUGGAAUGAGACGCUCGCCGACUUCGCGGUCGACUACCUGCGCGGCAUGGACGACUGCGACUUUGAGCACUCGGGCGGGCCGUACGGCGAGAACCUGGCGAUGGGGUACGCCAACGUGACGCAGAGCGUCGAGGCGUGGGGCGAGGAGCGCGACGACUACGACUUUGACGACGCCGAGUUCAGCGAGGAGACGGGCCACUUUACGCAGCUCGUGUGGAAGGAUACGACGGACGUCGGGUGUGCGAGGAAGCGGUGCGAGGAUGAUGCGUGGUAUUUGGUGUGCGAGUACUGGCCGAGGGGGAACGUCGUCGGGCAGUUUGCAGAGGAGGUGCAGGAAGAGGAGAGCCUUGGGAGAAGGAAUUCGCCGGCGAUGUUGGCGCUGUUCGUGGCUUGUGCUUUUACUAUGUGGAUGACGGCAUAG